AUGGCCAUGACCAUCUCACCCAACGUUGCGGAGGACCCGCCGCCGUCGAGCAAGAUCUCCAAUUGCCAGAAGGCGUUCGCGGACGGGACCCCGUCGCUGGAGUCCACGAAGCUGUCCGUCAAGCAGAACAACCACCUGCACAGGUUCGAGAUGUCAUCCGACACGGGCUUCAACCUGGGGCGGCGGGCCAGGUCCGUCUCUCGCGAGCACCACGGCCGCAACCCCGUCACCCACGAGGGCUGCUGGGAGAAGGAAGCGCUGCCUGCCCGCAGGGAGGCAAGCGAGAUCCAACCAGAGCCGCAACAUAGACCAGCUCACGAACCACGAGCAGAUGAGCCAGGACUUCGCCGCCGAGCGCGACCUGCGCCUGCGGGGGGACGCGAAGUUCGCAGGCCUCUGCAACCACACGCAGGAGACGGGAGGGGCCGCGACGUGCGGCGGUGCGGGAGAUCACCGGCAAGAACCACAGCAUGA